CCCCCUCAUUUCUUUGCACAUCCCAAAAAGCCCUCCCUACACAAUCCCGUACACCGCUGCGACGCCAUGGCCGUGCUGUUGCCACUCUUCCUGGCUGCGGGUGGUGGCUUUCUCUGGGCCUUUGGCGUGCUGGGGAAACGCAUUGGCGUGGAGGGCGCCACUGUGGAAACGCAGACCGUUCGUGCUGCGAUCACCAUUUUCGUCUACACCUUGACCACCGCCUGCACUCCCUUGUUGGACUUAUGGCACUUAGGUGCAAAAGGGUGGUUCGAGACUUGGAAUGACCCUGUCUGGAGCAGCCGAGUUCCCUUGGUGAUCGUCUGUGGCGUUAUCAGCGGGCUGGGCGGCUUGUUGGGCACCAUUGCUUUCGCGUGGUCUGCUGGCUCCGAUAGUGCUCUGGUCUCGAUGAUUGAGAACGGCAUGUACACCAUGAUGAGCGCGAUCAUCAUUGCGAUCUACUUCCAAGAACACCCGAAGAUACAAGCCUAUUUCGGCUUUGUCCUGAUCUUGUUGGGUGUGCUUUUGGCGCAGAAGUCUUCCAGUUCCAAAGGGAAAGGAGAGAACGAGUCAGAUUCAGAGGAGCAUCCUCCUCAAUUUGAGCUAGAGCUUUGGGAACCCAAGAAACUGGGGAAGACGGAGGAAGAGGCGGAGGAUUUGGAGUCCUCCGAAGCGUCCAGCUCCACCGACGCCCGACACGAGCGCUGCGGCGCGUCCCGCUUCUCCGCCCCGUCGUGCUUCGGGCGCUGCGGCGCGGUGGCGCUGGCGAUGUGCGCGGGCAGUUGUUGGGGCUUUGGGCCCUUGGGCAAGAAGAUUGGUGUGCAUGGAAGCGAGGAUCACCAGAGGCAAGCCUGGGCUGCUUGUACUUACUUCGUUUACAUGCUGUCCACCAUCUUCGUUCCUCUCCUCCGUGUGCUCACGGCCCAUGGCCGACGGGAGGCUCUCGAAGACUCAUCCUUCAGGUGUCGUCUCUUGGGGACAGUGCUUUGCGGCUUGGUCUCUGGCUUUGGGGGGAUGCUCAGCACCUUCGCCUUCGCACAGGAGGGUUACUACAGCGGAGCUUUGAUUUCCACCGUGGAGAACGGCAUUUACACUGUCUUUGGUGCAGUGCUCAUCACCGUGGUCUUCCGGGAGAAGUUGUCGCAGCGGCAGUUGAUCAGUGCGCUGUCUGUUACCUUGGCCAUCGUUAUAUUUGGCCUGGACUUCAAGAAGAUCUUCGGAGGAUCUUCCGACUGAAGUAAGGACUGUGAAUGCGUGGCGCAGGCGCAUGGUGCGGACGCAAGACACUGGAGAAAGACCUGGGCAACGAGGAGUCUUUCGAACUUUUGCGUCUCACGUGUAGGUGUCAGGAGGGUGGAUGUGUGGCCAGUGGAACCCGGCAGAACCGGUUUAAAUUUGG